ACCGGUCAUCAAAUGCAACAUCAGCUCAAUUGGUGAGAAAAUCUGUGGUUGGGGGCAGCUAUCUCCAGAUACUAUCUGCCUAACUAAUGAGUGGGUCAGACCCUGUUGAUGAUAGAGCUGACAUUAGGAGACUAACACGUGCAGGGGCAUUAAGGGUACCGCACGUGUUCCAGGCCUUAGAUCCGGGAGAAGAAAGACGGCUACGUAGAGCCCGUGCGCUAGCAGCGGGGAUAGCAGCAGCAAACGCAGCAGCUAGAGAGCAGGCAACAGCAGCCAGAGCAGCAGCGAUGGCUAACGGCCCAAGCUCUGCUGCGUCAUCAUCUGCGUCCUCGUCAGGGACUAAUAUGGGCCAGUUGGGAAUGCCAACGAGUUCCACAAGUUCCUCGGGCACUUCCGGUUCCACAGGUUCUGGACAGUCUUCUAGUCAAAUGGCGGGCGCGCAGUUCAGCCCGUUGACCCCGCGUCAGAGGGAGCUCAGAGAGAUCCAGCAGGUCGAGAUGCUCCGCCGUAAGUUAGAGCACGACCUGAAAGAAGCUACCGAUAGAGAAAAUGCGAUGAAAACUAGAGCAGCCAGGCUUGAAUCUUUAGAGGCUGACAAGGCUGAAUUAGAGGGCUUGGAUGAGUCAGCAUUGACUGACCCGCUCAAAGUAUUGAGAAAGAAUAUGUUGUCAUUGCACGCACACGUGGACAGCAAAUUAGACUUCAUGCAGAGCACUCUAGACCAGAUCCUGGAUGCGUUGACAAGGCCAGGAUUCCGGCCACCAGCACAAUCGCCGUUGCCGUUAUCGGCGAUGUCAGGCCCCUUUCCGGUUCAAGUUGGUACACAGCCAAGUGGUACGUCUGCAGCAGUCUCACUGACUGUUGCAUCUUCUUCUUCGGGUCCAGCGGUGGGAGCUACACCACCGCAACAACCUGUUCAGCAAUCUGGACAGCCGACGGGUCAAUGGUAUCCUAAGACCCCAAUGAAACCACCUCUUGCCUUCUCAGGCGAGGGAAAGGGCGAAGAACUCAACACUUGGUUGAUAACAGUCCCGGUUUGGGUGAAGGCCAAGAGAACCUUGCUAGAGGACGAAGUGGUAACUGCGGCAUCUUACCUGGAGGGUAAGGCAGCCAAGUGGUUAGAUGGAGUAGUUAUAAAGGCCGGGUAUGGGAGACGCAUGGCGGACUGGGCUAAGUCUCUGACGUUAGACCAGUUCAUGGAAAUGGUAGAAGCUCGAUGGCAUAACCCACAGGAGGCUCAAAAGGCCACUGAUGCCAUUAACAAACUAGACCAACGCAAGUUCAGGUCAGUUAGAGAGCUUACGACUACCGUUGAGAGCCUGAUCCUCGUCCCAGGCAUUAACUACAGCGACCAAUUCCUAUUGACUACGUUUGUCAGAUGUCUCCCGGAGAACAUUAGGAACUUGCUAGCCAGCGAGGCACACACUGAGUACCACUCGUUUGAGACACUGUCUAGGAAAGCCUUAAACUUGGAGGCCACGCUAGGCAAUGCUCAACCCACCUCAGGGAAUGACUCAAAGAAGAAGAAGAGUCCUCAGGAGUGGAAGAAGAAGGGGGCGAAGUUGAUGAUGGUUGAGUCUGAUGGGACUCAAACUGAGAUCGAUGAGCUCUUUGACCUGAUGGACUACUCAGAAUAUGACGGCGAGGAGGUAGCUGAGGGUAGCACCCUCGCCGCGGUAGUUAAGACUAAGGCGGCAGGCCGAGGGAAGGGGCAGCCUAGGGGUCAAGGGACGGCCGCCUCCAAUCAGACCAAGCAGGCUGAGUGGGUAAAGGCAGGUCUUGAACAAGACGUGUGGCGUGACCGCCGAACGCGUGGUGCUUGUAUCAACUGCGGGGAGUACGAACACUCGCAAUACAAGUGCCAGAACGCUAAGGACCGUGUACGGCACCUUAGUAGACCAGUAGCAUCUACUUUGGCCAACAAGGAGCGCAUGAUUGUAACAGACUACAUCAAGGACGUAGUCUGUACCUUCUCCUAUGGAGGAGGUGAGCUUAACCAUAAGAUCUCGUUCUUGGUUAGCGACGACUUGCCAUUUGACAUGUUAUUAGGCAUGUACUACCUCGAAGUUGCUAAGCCCCAGUUCGACUGGGAUAAGAAGGUGCUCAAGCAUAAGUUGCCCGAUGGCCGAACUGUCAGAUUGACUAAGCUCAAGGCCAAUAGCAUUAUAGAUACCUAUGGCUGCUUGUGCGCAUCAGCGUUUUACAAUUACUACCAGCAAAAUCAAGAGGAGGGUAUGUACCUUGUUUACGUCUCUGAGAAGGGGGAGGCCGUUAAAACACCCCCAGAGAUAGAAGGUGUCGUUGCUAAGUUCCCUGAUCUGUUCGAGGAGCCCACUGGAGUUGUUGAAAGGGAAGUCGUCCACACUAUAGAAAUCAUUCCAGGGAGACAGAGUGUUUCCAUGGAUUUCAUGGACACCCUAGUAACUAGCAAGAGUGGUAAAAGGCACAUCUUCGUCAUCAUAGACCGAUUCACCAAGUACGCUAGACUAGUCGCCAUGCCAGAAAGUGCGAGGACUGACCAUGUCAUCAAGUUGUUUAAGGACAACUGGGUGAGGGACUUUGGUUUACCAAAGACUAUCGUUAGUGAUAGAGACGUCCGAUUCACAAGUGAGCUAUGGAAGAAGACUGCGGAACAAAUGGGCAGUCAACUUCGGAUGACUUCAGGGAAUCAUCCCGAAGCCAUAAGACAAGCCGAACAGAUGAAUAGAGUUGUACAGCAUUUGCUGAGGCAUUACAUCAGGCCCAGCCAAGAUGACUGGGACGAGAAGUUGCCACUCAUCGCCAGUCUGUACAACAAUGUUGUGCACAACAGCACCAGCGUGAGUCCUAACCAGCUACACUUGGGAUGGAAGCCUAGAUCCACGUUAGACUUCCUCCUACCUGAAAACCGACCUGCUGCAACCCCAGGCACACUCGAGUAUGGUGUGCAGUAUGAGAAGUUGCUGCAAGAAGUUGUCGAGCACAUGAAGAAAGCUCAGCAAGCAAUGAUUGCUUCUGAGAAUCAACAUCGUAGACAGUCCACAUUUCAGGUAGGGGAACGUGUUUGGGUCAAGGCUAGCGAGCUAGGACAGGAAUUCGGAAUCUCUGGCAAACUAAUGCCUCAAUACUUUAGUCCCUCGGAAGUCUUAGAUAUAGUGGGAGAUGAGAUGGAUGGUCCCACUUAUGUCAUUCGUGUCCCUGGACACCUACGCACUCACCCAGUCUUUCAUGCCUCAAAGCUUGCACCUUUCGCUGAGACUGAUCAAUUCCCUUCCAGGAGAUCGAUGCUGCCCCCAACCAUGGAUGGACAAGUCGACAUCGAUGACAUUGUGGAUCACCGGGACAUGCCUGUUGCGAAGCCGCUGGGUCGAGGAAGACCUCCUAGACCGAAGAGAGAAUAUCGUGUCAGAUUCAGGCAUCACACGGAUCCCACCGAAGAUCGGUGGUUUACCAGGGAGGAACUGAUUGAGACAACUCCUCAGGUGGUGGCAGAAUAUGAAAGGAAGCUGAAAGGGAAGGCACCUGCGAAAUUGACGAGCCGUGACGUGCUGACCUCCCGGGCUCGUUCCGCCGGGCCAACACCCAGGCGCAGCAACUAUUCCGAUUGUGUUAAAGAAGGCAUAGGUAUCACUUGAAUGGGGCUUCUUGUCACAAUUCAGAAACCCAGUAUCAUGUCUAACUUUUGUUUUCCUCUUUUUCAACUAAACUAUGUUCUUCUCUCAAGUAUGCCUCACACCACCUACCUAUAUGACUACGCACACCAGGAAGAGCCAACCGAGAUCUACAAGGUACCAGGCGCAACCGAAAUCUACCAGACCUACGCACCAACCCCCAGCAAGGAAUUGCACAUGCGCAAAGGCCUCUGGGAGAACCCGGGACCCUACCAAGACCGAUCAGGGGGGGCAAGCCAACUAUCUCAGCUGGUACCAUCUCUGAUUUAUUCCGAAUACUAACGAGCUUUCAAGCAAAACUGCUGACUAACAUCGAUUCAAACUACCCAUCAAUAGCCAAAACGAGAUGAGAUGCUCGCCACUCCUACCCACCAUAAAAGUACACUACCAAAACGAGAUGAGUUGCUCACCCACCACUCCUACCCACCAUAAAAGUACACAUUCAAGCCAUUAGUUUGCGACCAAUACAAGUGAUGCGGUUGUGACGUACCGCACCACCUGAUCGAGUCAGAUGAUUGAUUCUUUUGACCAAUGAUGCCAUAGAGCAAACUCAGCAAACAGAAAAAAACCUAUUUAUGCUAUACUUGUCAAAUUUGCAAGACUUACUUAGUCCCCUUUUUACCCAUCAUAAAAGUGGUCUCAACUGGCACAAGCAAUUAGUAGCUAUUGGACUCAUGAAGCUGUGUGUCCAACUGCUGCCACUUGAUCGAGUACAAUGGUGCUUGAUUGACAAACUCCCAUCAGGCAACACCAACCCCACACAUUAAUGUUCUACCUAUCCUACAGAUUGUCAGAUUUGCAAUAUCAUCUGAAGAGAAUAUAUUUACAACUGGAUCUAACAAAAUGCGAUCGCCGAUCAGUGCAUUUAAAUGGAUUAGUCUUCGAGAGAUGGGAACUGUGCACAGCUAAAACGACGGCGUGCGACUAACUAUAGAUGUCAUAGAUUUGGUUCCAAUCCCCCAGAUGAGAGAUCCACCAGGCUCACAAGUCUCCCCUGACUUGUUAUUACCAAAAUGAUGGAGGUAUGCAACUUCAACUCUCCGACCCUUUCGCAUUCGCAGGCAUGGUGGCAAGACAUAAAUCUUCGUCAAAAGGUACACCAACAGAUGGAUCAUUGCCCAGCGAAUCAGGACCCAUUUGCUGGCGCACCUAUACAGUUGCAAAUUUGACACUCCCUGCAUAGCACUGUUCCUCACGGUCCUGACGUCUGAUAUCGACGAGAAACACAAUGGCAACGGGCGUACAGUAUGCAUAUCUGUCACAGGCAUCUCCCUGUGAGACCCCCUUUGGUCAUCAAAUCAACAGCCAUCCACCAU